GGUGCCCUCGGAGCUGUCGUUCGUGGGGCAGUGCCUGGGGGUGAACCCCAAAUCCUACGGGGCGUGGCACCACCGGGGCUGGGUGCUGGGCCGCGCCGCGGCGCCCCCUGCUGGCCGGGAGGACCUGGCGCUGUGCGAGCGCCUCCUGGCGGCCAUACUGGUCUUGGUCUAUAAUGGUUUCUAUGGGUUUAUCUUACACCGGUUCUUACUGGUUCUUACUGGUUCUUACUGGUUUUUACUGGUUUUUACUGGUUUUUACUGUUUUUUACCAGCUAUACUGGUUCAUACUGGUCCGUACUGGUUCAUACUGGUUUGUACUGGUUCCAGGGUGCCCUCGGAGCUGUCGUUCGUGGGGCAGUGCCUGGGGGUGAACCCCAAAUCCUACGGGGCGUGGCACCACCGGGGCUGGGUGCUGGGCCGCGCCGCGGCGCCCCCUGCUGGCCGGGAGGACCUGGCGCUGUGCGAGCGCCUCCUGGCGGCCGACCCCCGCAACUUCCACGCCUGGGAGCACCGGCGGGCUCUGGCGGCCGGCCAGGACCCCGAGGCCGAGCUGGCCUUCGCCGGGGCCCUGCUGAGCCGCGACUUCUCCAACUUCUCGGCCUGGCACCACCGGCUGCGGCUGCUGGCGCCCGCCCGGAGCCGCGGGCGGCGCGAGGCCGGGGCGCUGCCCCCCGACCGGCUGAAGGGAGAGCUGGAGCUGGUGCAGAAUGCCGUCUUCACCGACCCCACGGACCAAAGCGCCUGGGUGUACCUGCGCUGCAUCCUCUCCCGAGCCCCACCACCCCCGAGGGUCAUCUGUGUCCACGUGGACCGCGAGGACGCAACGCUGGCCGUCAUCUUCUCCCGGCUUGUCAAGGUGAACCCGGAGUGCCCAGAGCUGACGGCGACCCUGGACGGCUCCGCCCUGGCCGGGCCCUGGCGCUCGGCGGAGGGGCGGCCACGCCCCAGCCACACCUGGCUCUGCGACCUCCCUGCCCUGCCCACCGAGGGCCCCGCCCGCGUGGAGGUCACCUGGGCGCCUGACUCCGCCCUCCACGAGGUGACGCUGCUGCCAGGUGAGGCCGAGGCUUGGUGGCAGGAGCCAAUAGUGGAGAGGGAGCUGUUCUGGCCGGAGCUGGGCGUGGCCGACGCUCAGGUGCUGCAGGAGCAGGUGCAGAUGUGCCAGGAGCUGCUGGACCUCGAGCCCCAGAGCCGCGGCUGUUUGCUGACCCUGGCCCUGCUGCUGGCGGCGCUGGAGCCUCGGGGCCGCGCCCGCGAGAUCCGGGAGCACCUGGAGAACCUGCGGGCCGCGGACCCGCUGCGCUCCGGCUUCGUGGCCGACGUCCGGUCCCGCUUCGAGGCCGCGCUGGCCGUACUGGGAGCGGGGGAGGGGCUGAGCCUGGCCGACAAGGGCCUGAGCAGCGUGCCCCUGCUGGAGCGCAUGGCCGCGCUGACCCGGCUGGAGCUGCGCGGGAACGAGCUGAGAGCAGUGCCCGGGGGGCUGGGAGCGCUGCGGAGGCUGCGGGUGAGACACCAGUACAAACCAGUACAAACC